CACAAUCGCUUGGUUCCGCAUCACUAAUUGGAUGUAACUCGCGCUUCCCACCGCGCGCUUGCGGGCUAGAGAGUGCCUGCCUCUUGAUCGUCGAGAACAUUUGUUGUUGGUGUUUUUUUUUCCUGUUGCGAGUUUCGAGUGUGUAUUUUGCCUCCUUGUGCAGUGGCGCGCUCAGUCAGUGUGCUGCUGGACUGCAAACAAUUCGGUUCCGAUUCUUUUCUUGACCGGCUGACCCUUCGCGCGCAUCGUGUGUCCGACAUUGGGUAGAGCACCGUGAUAGUUCAUGGUAACAGAAGGAGGAAAUCUCGCCCGGCCAUACCGUGUGUCACUGCGAAAGUCGAGUGUAAUAGAUACGAAGUAAAGCUUAAUCUACAUACGCGCAGUGUUUUUAAAAAAUACUAGUUGAAGAUCCAGUUCCAUUCGAGUGCUAAGCCAAAAUAAGGGUUUUCUAAAGGAGAACAACUAUUAGAAGACAAACGUUGGCGGAACAAGUUUGAUCGAAGAAGAAAUUCUUGAAGAUUAAAGACCGAACGUUGGGUUCCCCAAAUAAACCAGUGUCGGUUCUGUUUAGUAGUAUCAUACAGUUGUGCGAUGUAGUAACAUCUAGUUGUCGUUAGAUGAUAAUUUGCCAUCAAUGCGAAAGUGCGAAAGAGAGUGAAUGUGACUGGUUUCAUAAAGUGCUCAGCUCCCGAAUACCAAUUAGUUUGAUGUCCUAGUACACACGAAAUACAGACAGGUGAAAAAAAAAUCGAAAAUGUUAAUCUGGUUACGAGUGCUAGGAAUCCUGCUGAGGAUAGCCAAUGUGCUGCUGUCGCCAUUGUUUAAGUUCGUUGGAGGGUCCCGGAGGAAAACUGCCUUCCCGCAGAUACGCAACGAAAUGCUGGAGAUACCCGCGGUUGAUCUGGCAGAGCGGAUCAGAAACAAGGAGCUCCGCUCGGAAGACGUGGUGCGGGCAUACAUCGAUCGAAUCCGGGAGGUGAAUCCGCUGAUCAAUGCAGUGGUGGAGGAACGUUUCGAAGCGGCCAUCGAAGAGGCGAAAAAGUCGGACGACAUGAUCGCCAACAUGCAAACUAUUUGGCUUAUCAAAAACUAUCCACUGCUUGGGGUGCCAUUUACGGUGAAAGAGAGCUGUAUGCUUAAAGGUGCCUUGUACACCGGAGGCUCGCUGCCUCGCCAGGGAGUGAGGGCCAGUGGCGACGGUGAAGCUGUUGCCCAACUACGAAACGCUGGAUGUAUCCCACUGUUGGUGUCCAACACGCCGGAAUACUGUCUGAGCUGGGAGUCAUACAAUCACAUAACGGGCCGAACUUGCAACCCAUACGAUAAUCGACGAACGGCUGGAGGUUCUUCAGGGGGAGAGGGUGCUAUCAUUGCCGCCGGUGCUUCACUGUUCGGUGUUGGUUCGGAUGUGGCUGGAUCAAUCCGUGUGCCGGCAAUGUUCAACGGGAUCUUUGGGCACAAACCAACGGCUGACAUCAUCUCCAUCAAGGGACACUUCCCGAUGUCGACGGACGAGAAAUUCUGCACCUUCCUAACCGUGGGGCCGAUGAGUCGGUACGCUAAAGAUCUCCCCACCCUGGUGCACAUCAUGGCCGGUUCGAAGGCAUACAAACUGCGACUGGACGAGACCGUGUACACCAAGGACAUCAAGAUCCACUACAUGGAAGAUUUUGGCUUCAAUGUCGGACUCGUCCCGGUCGAUGAGGAAAUCAAAAUCGCAAUGUAUCGGGCGGUGCAGUACUUCAAGGAUCACGGCCUGCAAACCGAACGGGCGGAGUUCGAUGAUAUCGGCGACUGUCCGGAAAUGGCACUAUGCAGCCUGCAGUCGCUGAAGGAUCUUCCGAACAUGUUCGAUGAUAGAGAAAACCCAAAGGAAAAGCAUAAUCUGCUGGUCGAACUCGGGAAAGCGAUGAUAGGGCAGUCCCAGUUUACGCUCGCUGGUGUCAUGUUUUAUAUACUAUACCAAACCAAACAUUGGUUCAGUCCGGAAGAUCGACAACGCUAUGUGGAUAUGAAGGACGCACUAAGAAAACAGAUGAUAGAAACGCUCGGCACGGACGGAGUGCUAUUCCUGCCGACAUAUCCGAAGGCUGCGAUACGUCACUACGAAUCUUUCGGGUACAUCACGGCUGUCAUUUACACGAUGCUGUUCAACGCGCUUGGAUUCCCGGGCACGCACGUGCCACUGGGCUUAAACAAGCGUGGACUACCGAUUGGCAUCCAGGUUGUGGCUGCCCCCUACCAGGAUCGGCUAAGUCUCUGCAUUGCUCGAGAGCUGGAAGCCGCUUUCGGUGGUUGGAAAUCGCCACAGUGAAGUGUCUAUUUCCGCUUUUGACUUGCUAGAUAUAUUUAUUCGUAGUUUCUUGUGAUAUAAAUUGGGAGGGAAAAUCAGUGUAUGUUUUGAGCGGAGAGAGCGAGUAUUCGGACGUAUGCCUGCGUAAAUCUUACGAAUAGCAUUUUUUAUACCAAACAUGGAAGCCGAAUUUUGGGGGUUAGGAAUAAAGUAAACAAUAUUUUUUA